AUGACGGGCAUCGUGCCGCGGCCCUUCGUCGGCGAGGUCUACGCGGCGGACGAGAAGAUGCUGACCGAGGAGGAGGCCUGGGAGGCGCUGCAGGCCGCGGACUUCAAGGCCCACUGCGACAACGUGACCUACGCGUUCUGCGGCCGCAGCACGUGCCGCCUGAACGGCGAGAAGGCCGUGGCGACGUGCGGCUGCAAGCUCAUCAAGGCGUCCGCGGGCUCCAUCGGCUUCAACAGCAAGAACGCGUACCUCAUCCGGUCCAAGAUCGUCCGCAAGGCGCUCUACGAGGCCACGGUGCUCAACUCGAGCACGUCCUUCGUGAACACGGUCUGCGGCGCCAUCGAGAGCCGAAGGCUCUGGCGCGACGCGGGCUUCGGCAGCGACUUCGGCAGCUUCAGCGACCCGGGCUACCCGGGCUACUGGGCCAUGAUCGACUUGGAUUGUGAUUCCUCCGGGUCCAUCGACUACAACUUCGCGGACUGCGACGGCGCGCCCUGCGACAUCGAGCAGGGCUUCAACCUGUGCCGGAAACAACCAGUGGAAUGGCCCUGUCCAGCAAAACUUCAAACCUCUCUAUCUCGGUCAGAUCGACGUCGUUCCGGCUGA